AUGCCCCUCCUCGCCCGCCUAGGCAACAGGGCAUCCCUCCUCCUCCACCAUUUCGUCUACUCCUUCCCCUCCAAGCAGCCCGCCCACCCCCACACCGAUGACGCCACCGACGGCCUCCCUACCAUCAGGGCAUCCGACUAUGAAGACUCGGGCGAGAACCAGGCGUUGCAGGAGAGCAUGGGGCCGCUUAGAUUUGCUGGGAGUGGCUACGGUAUCACCCUCAUCCUCAUGAUGAUCCUCCUCAACCGCAUUCACCAUAUCGUCCGCAGACCUCGGCAGACGCCAGUCAUACAGCGGAGUCAAGGCGGGUCUCGCUAUCAACAGCUGCGCCGCCGUGUCCAAAUAGCCCUUACCCACCCCGAUACCCCACUGUAUAUUCGUGUCCCCGGCGUUAUCGCCCUCCUUCGGUCUUGGCUCUUGUUCACCAUUCUCUUGCUGCAAGUCGGGGGCUAUUGGCCAAAUGUAGAGCAGCCUGGAAAGACUGCGAUCUGGAGGAGUGCUGUCGGGGGAGUGGGAAGAUGGGCAGGGAAUAUGGAGAUGGAGGUGGUGUGCUGGCAGGUAUUUGUCGGCGUCUGCAUCGGCCUGGUGUGCAGUGGUAUAGCGAAUGGCCUGGACACUGUGAGAAGAAGGGAUGUAGCUGCAGGUUUCAACCUCUUUGGCUACAGUUUCUUGUUGCAUCUCUAUUCGUCUCCCUUCACCCACAAGCACACCCCCGGGCCCCAUUCCCAAGGUCGCCCGGAUGUUCAUGCUCUUUUUCAAAUGUGGCUCAGUCUUGGCGAGUUGACUUGGCUGCAGACGUUUGAAUUGUCCAGGACCAUGCGAAGCAACGUCCUCCUCCCCACCUCGGUCUGUGGUAUACUAGGUCUGGGACAUUUCAUCUACGUUUUGGCCCGCGCCCCGUUACGAUUCCCGAGUUUUACAUUCCUGACUCAUAUGCUCGCCCUCUUCCUCUCCAUCAUUAUUGUCUUUACUGCCGUCCUCAAAGCCAUCACCUUGCUCUUUACUGUCGGCAAGAUCCCAUCUCUCGGCGCCUUGUUUCCUCACGAAGGAGUCGUGCCCCAGCGCGAAGAUGACUUUGGUGUCGCUCUGCUCAAGAUCGGCACUGCCUGCAUCGAGGCUACCGCAAUGACUGGUCUUCGCAACGAGCUUGCCGCAGUCGACGAGCCCAGGGCGCCCUGGGUAGAAAUCAUGACUUCUGGCAGCGAUUUCCACCGUGCCAUGCUUCGCGGUAUCGACUCCCCGGGAUUCAGCACCGAGAUUACAGAUAUCAAGGUAUCCGAGAUUGAAGAUCCCAAUAGCGAUGCCAGUCCUCACUCUCGCGCGCUCGCCAAGUUUGUCAAGACGUGCCGCAAUGCCAUCCUCUCGUCCACCAUCGCUCUUCUGUUAUCUACGCGGUUCGGCCGUAAAGCGCUGAGGGUGUACAAGAAGGCCUGGCGGGCGAGAUGGUACUAUGGACCUCGUUCUUGGCGCUUCUGGCGCCGCGAAUCAUGGACAGAACCGCCCCAGUAUGCCGAAUUGCGGCGCGUCCGCGAGAGGCUGGAUGAGAAUGAUCAGGCGAGUCGAGAACUGAGGUCGAUGGUGACUAUGCUGGGUACGUUCAAGGAGCAGGUGAAGGGGGAUGAGGAGAUCCGGGCGCGGGCUACGGGUGCGAAUGUGCGGCCUGGGGGCUCGAGCGUGGAGAGGAGAGGUGCAGGGAAGAGGGAGAUGAUGCCGUAUGGGCAGUAUCUCUUGGAAGAUGUGGAAGAUGAGAUUGAAGAUGAUGGCGAGUGGACGCAACAAGCGGAAGCGUCGGAUGACGAGUCGGAGACUGCCAGUCAAGCUUCCAGCAGCGAGUGGGGCGAGGACGACUCUGGCGACGAAACAGAGGUGGAGGAGUCGAGAAAGAGCGCAAUCUAUCGCGACCUCAUCAUCACCGAGCUGGAAGACGAUGACGAGUCUCACGCCAAACUCCAACCCGUCCUCCUCGCGCAUCUCACAUCGCGCAACGGCACGCCCCUUACCCGGCGUCAAUACUCGGCAUUGUUCAACAAUCCCACGUCCCCAACGCGUGGGGGAAGACCCGAGAUGAGCUAUGAGGGAGCUAUGAGCUUUAGGGGCGUAGCGGCGGAGAGGAGGGAGAUGAUGGAUGGGAAGCGGGAUGAGGAGGAGGAAGAGACGAGGAUGGCGUGUGUGGUGUGCAUGGUCAGUACUAGGGAUACGAUCCUGUGGCCUUGCCGUAGAUGUCUGGCGCUUUGUAAUGAUUGCAGGGAGAGUCUGGCCAGUCGGCUGACUGCAGAUGACCAGAUGUGCCCCUGUUGUCGAAAGAAGGUGGAAGGCUACAGCAGGAUCUAUAUUCCAUGA